AUGCCACCUCUGUUGACAACUCCCACCAAUGAGCUUGUUGAUUAUCUACUCAAUUCUGACAAAGACGAAACUGAUCUAGAAGCUCAGCCUCAGAGCAAUGCAAACACCGUAGUCACCCAAUCUGGCAAACACCCUCACAGUGCCAACAGCCAUGCUCCAUCUCCAGACCCUAAGCGACAACGACUUCCACCACCAACUCUGGUCAAGAAUACUAAAGGCAAGAACCUCCAAGAUUAUGAAGGGAAAUGUCAUGCCAUGCUUCAUGAGGCCAUUCAGCGCUAUGAAGCUUGUUUAUAUACAGUUGAACCUUUUCCAGAUGGCACCAAAUCUCAUGAAAUGGCUGAACAGGUUUGGGCUGAGAUCUGUGAAGAUUAUGAGGACUCAUAUGAGCUAACGAUGCCAAUGGCAACCAUGAUGCAGAAGCGUGGCACACAAGCACAUGGCCAGCUCAAGGACCGUAUUCGACCUCUCAUCAUGCCAGCCUUUGGCCUCACGUCUCCAGAUAAGAAGAGUACCAUUGCAAAGAAUAAGGAUAAGUAUGUACUUCUCACCAUGGAUGCAGCUUUUCACUACAAGGAUAUAUCUAUGCUAAGUCGUGCCUAUGAGCACAAGCUUAUAUUUUCCUCUAUCUGUGCUGCCUGGUUCAAGAAUACCAAGGACUUUGGGGUGAAGUAUUCUGAUUACUUCGACCCCAUUCCAAAUGUAUCACUUGCACUUAUUCUGAUGGCAAUUGAAUUUUGCCUUGAAGAGUGGUCAACUGGGUCGUACAUUCAAGGGACCUUAAAUGAGAGUGAAGAUAAAGGCCGUUAUGUGAAUUUCUUAAAGAAUGUCAAGGACUGGACCAGCGCCAAUACCAAGGUUACAACCAACAUCCACAAGAAAAAGAAUACCGGUGCAGCUAAUAGAGUUGUCACUGCAGAUCAUAUGAAUGAGGAUGCCAUCAUGCACGCUAAGAAGGAUAUGGAGAAUCAGACUGGAGAGACUGAUAGUGAGGAGGAGGAGGAGGAGGAUGGAGAUGACAGAGAGGAGGAACCCACUGCAAAUGGCGGAAGUGGCGCUGCAAUUGGUGGAUCUCAGACUGUGUCCGAGUCAGGCUGA